AUGGUGGUGGCGGAAUCGGCGGUGUCUGCGCUCGUGCAGACGAACUUUCUGGUCUCCGCACUGGGUGGCAUCGCACAGAUCGAGGCCCUGGAGCUGCCCGACCACCAGCUGGACAGCAUGAAGAUUUCGGUCCUCGUCUCAUGCUUUAGUCUUGGCCUGGGCUUCGCCAGCCGAGACAAGGCCGACUCGGCGGUUCUCGAGCUGCCAGGGAAAGUCGGCUGGGGCCCAACCAUGGGCGGCCUGGUCCUGGCAAGGUCACUGGAAGUCUUCAGCCGCAUUCUGGCACUCAACGUGCUGCAAGCGUCGCUGCGGGGCUUUCCGCUGCUGCGAUUCGCCGGCCUCGGAGCUGUUGCACUCGCUUUCCUCGCCGCUUGCCUGGCCUUCCCGGACGCCUCCUGGCCCGACGCCGCGGCCCCUCGGCUCGGCACGGCAGCUGCAAGCGCCGCGGUGAUCGCCCACCCAGGGCAAAUUCUGGAGCCGAAUUCCCUACUGAAGUGGAGGCUGCUCGGCGGUCGACUUCGGGUAGAAUUCGAGCUGGGGGAGGGCGGGAUGCAGAGAGAUGCAGAGGCGUUGCGUCGCGGGACGUUCGGUAGCAGUUUUUCCUAUUGGAAUCUGUUGCGAGGUAUUCUCUGA